AUGGCACCUCUUUCCACUCUGCGCAACUACCCGCACAGCGUCGCCCUGUUCCGGCGGAUCGACCUAUCGGCCCCAAGCCUAGACUCGGCGGGAGCCAUUGCCUGCCUCGUCGUCGGCGGCGCAGUCGUCGUCUUCUUCACCUGCACCUCAAUCCACAGCUUAAAACCUGUCGUCUCAAGGCUCAUUCCCCGCGGCUUCUUCGCAUGGCUCUCGCGAGGCUGGAAGCGACUGUUCGGACGCCGAAGCGCCAACAAUGACCCCCGGUGUACCUGUGCUGCCGGCGGCGGCUCGCGGCAGCGCCGUGAUGGCCAGGCUCAGGAGGUAGAGAUGGGGACGCCUCGCGUAAUUCACGGGCCAUUUCCCGGAGCUCCCCACACUGGGGGAUAUGAGGCUACGGUGCACCCGCCCGUUCGCGACGCCGGCCCGGUCCGUGGGACGUCCAUCUACAGCGAAAUCCCACGGUACGAGGACCUCCUCCCCGUGACUCCCCCGGGAGUCCCCCCACCUGUGUACAGAGGCUGGGCCUGGGCCCAGAUGCUGCAGGAUGCUGUGUUGGAGCUGGAAGUUCAAUCUCCCUCGCGCCGGGGAAGAUCGAGAGGGCAGGGCUCCCGCCGCAGAACAGGACCGCUGUUCCCGUACCACGUGCCACCCUGCCCCGCGGCUUUGGCGCGACCCGUGCGGAGGACGACGAGAGGCUCUCCUGCAGACAACAACGACCGAUGGCUGCAGUGGAGGGUCUGGCACCAGGAAGCCCUGCGGAUGAGACAGAGUCGCCUCACAGAUGACGUGGUCAAUGACAGGUAUCGCGCCAUGGACGUGUAG